UGUUCUUUUCUCUUCUGCUAUUGACAUUAUCAAAACAAAAUGGAUGACAAAAAUACGAAUGAAAAAAAUGAAGAAAAUACAGAAAAACCAAAAACUUUUGCUGAAAAACAAGCAGAACGUAUGAAACGUUUACGUGAGUUACAUACACAACGAAAUCAAGCACGUCAACAUAACCAUGAAGAAGUUGUCGCUGAAGAUGCUCGCAACAAAUUACCUACGAACUGGGAAUCACGCAAACGACAAGCAGAAUGGUUGAAACAAGAUCAAGAAGCACGAGAAGCAGCUGCAAAACGUGGUGAGGAUUACGAUCGUGUAAAAUUAUUAAAUAUAUCAGCUUUAGAAGCUGAGCAAAUGGAACGUAAAAAGAAAAAAAAGAAUCCCGAUGUAGGUUUCUCAGAUUAUGAGCAAGCUACAAUACGUCAAUAUAAUCGAUUAGUUAAAAAUAUGGCACCUCGAGAUAUGGAAAAGUAUGAGGAACAGAAACAGAAAUUAGGUGAUGCAUUUUAUGGAGGGCCUAAUGUUAUUUUACAAGGUUUACAUGAAGAUCGAUCCGACGCAAUUGAUAACAUGGUAAUGGACUUAGAGCAACAAAUUGCUAAGCGAGAGAAAUACUCUCGAAGACGGACACAUAAUGACGAUGCGGACAUUGAUUAUAUUAAUGAACGGAAUGCUAAAUUCAAUCAAAAAUUGGAACGGUUUUAUGGUGAACAUACAGCCGAAAUUAAACAGAAUUUGGAACGAGGUACAGCCGUUUAAAUAUUGAUAUAUUAAAUUCAACUAUGUUUGGAUCGCAGUGCAGCCGUUUGCAAGAAGUGAUUUGGAAAGGAGACUGCUUUAAGGACACUUUUGGCGUUGCUAACAUUCAGCUGAAAUGGAUGAAUACAUCUAAAGUACCGUUUAAAAGCUGUGUAUUUCCUAGAAACCUUUACAUGAUAUUUUUGGCGACGACUUUCACUAAUU